AUGCCUAGAUUCUCAGUUGCCUUUGCCCGGCGGAAAAGCACCGCAGACGACAUCGAAAAUGCUGAGGUAGCGCCAGCUGGACAGUCUUCGUUUAGGGUUUUGGAACGACACGACUAUUCGGGUGUCAAGUCGUUUGACGGAGGGGCCAAGAUGGCAAGAGCCUCGGGGGCUCUGCUCGCGAAGCCUGAUCUCCAGGCCGACGACAACAUGUUUUCUGAUAUGAAGGGUAACCGUGGAAGCGGCUUAUCCAACACGACACACACCACGUCUACCGACACCUCUUCACGCCACAGCAAUGCAUCCACGGCUCCGUCGUCAGCCGACUUCAGCGGCGGCAAUUUGUUCCACGAUGAUGGCCGGCCACCCAAGAGCUCAUCCUCGGAUAUGCACGGUCGUGGGAGCGGCAACAAGUCCAUCGGUUCCAAGUUCCUAGACAAAGCUGGCCGCACUUUCUCGUUUGGUGGACAGAAGAAAGGUACGACUACAUACACGCAGGCCCCAACCGUCCCAACCGUCCCAACCGUCCCAUCCGCCCCAGCCAUUACCCGCAAGCCAGCCCCCCGUAGACCCGAAGUUCUGGACGUAGGUAGUGACUUUGGAUCAAUGUUUUCAGGAUCGGCUUUCGAGAAGCGCGCAAGCAUGGCUACGCUCAAGAACGACGACCUGGCCUCGCCCCGGCUCCUCACAGGCAACCCCCAGGCACAACAACCGAUUCCGCACAGCCCGGACACGACGACGCAAGCAGAGCCGUUGCUCAGCUCGUGGAACAGACCGCAGUCCAAGGUCAUCGUGGAUGACUAUUCAUCGGACAAGAGCUCGCCGACAUAUGACAGCCCCCCACGCCAACGGCCAGCUCAUCAAGAACCAUCGAGUCCGGACGAAACACCAGACGACGAGGACGCGCAGCUCCUGGCAGAGACUUACACUGCUAUUCAGCUCCUUUCGGCCGAGGAUGACGAAUUCGAGGACAAUCCGCAGCAGGGUCGAUACCGGCGGGAGGAGGAUAACUUCACGGCGGCUCCCAGGCAGUCUAAGCCGGCUCCCAACCCCAACAAUGCCAGAAAUGGAGACGGCGGGUUUGAAGCCAACAGGCCUCGAUAUCAGCAGCCCCGUCGAUCGCACGACGGCGCGCCUCGGAACAAGGUCAUGACUCCAGCCGAAUUCGAGAAAUAUCGCGAAGAUAAGAUUCGCCAUGACAGGACGAACAGCACGUCGAAGGACGACGACGAGGACGAUAUCAAUUACGAAGACGAGGAGGACGAGGCUGAAAAGUCCAAGCAGCAGGCGAAACAGCGACGGAAGCAGGAGGCUCACAUGGCUGUGUACCGACAGCAGAUGAUGAAGGUUACGGGCGAAACCAACCCGACCAAUGGACUGGGCAUUCCUGCUUCGUUGAGCGCACCGCAGCUUGGCCAUAUCAGGACCUCUUCGCUUGACCCGGCAGCAGCACCGCCGCCCCUACCCGCAACCGCAGCUGCCACGUCCGGCGCAUCUGGCGCGUCCGAUGAGGCCGACGACGACGAAGAGAUCCCGCUCGCCAUCUUACAGGCACAUGGGUUUCCCAACAAGAACCGACCCCCGACUCGGCUCAGUAUGAUGGGAUCAAACCCCAACAUGCGCGCCUCUGCAAUGCUUGCGCCGGGACGGCCGUCGUCGGCCAUGGGAGAAUCUGCUGCUGCUUCCCGACGCCACUCCACCCUUCCGGCCUUUGCCAGGAACCUGCCACAAGAUCCCUUCAUCGGAGCGAGCAUUGCGCAGCCGGCGCUCAGGGAGUCUCUAUCCUUCAACGAGAUGGGUCUGGGCCCCAAGCCACCGUCGCCGCUGCCUCCCGGAGGCCUUGUCGGUGUUAUUGCCAGCGAGGAGCGACAGAGGGCGAUGCGACGAGGAAGCCCCAGUGUUGAUCCCUCAAGGCUCAUGGGCAGCGGCUACAACACCCCUCCUGGAGUUGACCCCAUGGCCGGCAUUCCCCCCCACAUGAUUGCUGGUGACCAGGCUCAGCUCCAGAUGACGCAGCAAAUGUCGCAGUUUAUGCAGAUGCAGAUGCAGUUUAUGCAACUCAUGGCUGCAAACCAGAACAGCGGCGUGCCGCAGCAGCAGCAGCAGCUACACCCCCCAUUUCAGCAACCUUUUGGCGGUCUGAUGGGCAACCAGUCCAUGGUUGAUCUCUCCUCUCGCAACUCUGUUGUUGGUGAGCCGACGCUGGAGCCUCGCCGUGGUGAUUACGGUAGCAUGCGAACGAUGAGCAUGGUGCAGCCCGGCUCGGCGCCGAUGGCUCAUCCUGGAUAUGCGGGAUCUGUACGGUCGUCUAUUCAUGGCUAUACCCCGUCGAUUGCACCGUCAGAGCGAAGCAACAUUGGCCUGCCCAACCGUUACAGGCCCGUCUCCCAGGCUAUCAACCAUGGCUCGCUUGGCCACAUGCAGUCACACUCGUUCUCCGGAGCUCUGUCGGCUUUCACUGACAACAAAAACAAGACAUCGAUGAGGAUUGUGAGCAAGUCCGCUUCGGAUGAUGACGACGAUGAAGAAGGUUGGGAGGCGAUGAAGAAUAAGAGAGAGAAGAAGAGAUCUCUCUGGAGAAGCAAGAAGAAUCUGAGCUCGGUCAUCUGA